AUGCCCAAUAAAUCAAUAUACGUGGGAAAGUCAAACGAAUCGAUAAUGCUUGAUAUUGGGGCUCGCAAGACCGAACGCUCUCAUGAGGAGAACCAAGAGCGUGCGUACAUUGCCGCGUCGCGGAGAGCGGAUAGAAGCAUCGAGGCUCGAGUCCAGUCAGCACGCCAGGCAAGUGAAAUCCACAAGAAGCGCACCGGCAAGGGCUUCAAAAUCACCGAGGAAAUCGUCAUCAGGGAGGAAAUGUACGAAGAAGAAGAUGAUGAUUUGCCACGCUCCAUUCAUCUUCUCACCGCCCACAUGCAGACGCCGUCUGCCGACAUGAACGCCAGGCUUGAGAGCUAUCUCGCAAACAAGGUGGCGUUUUCUCAUGCGCUCGCUCAGUCCAACAUGGCUUGGCGAAGUAAUGAUAUCAAUCGGGCAUUUGCCGAGUCCUUCCCGCACGCCAUGCCUCAGAUGGCUCUGCCACAACAACAGCAUGUCCCUCAGCCUCCAGGUUGCCCGCCGCCCGCCAACAUGCCCAACCAAGUCAUGCAUCAACAUCCUGAAUGCUACUCUCCGGCAGCUUACUCCCCUUCGGGCUACUCUCCCACAAACUACUCUCCGGCGUACUCGCCCGCGCCCUUCUCCCCAGGCGCGCAGCCUUCGAUGCCCUCGGCGCCGCCGACGACCGGGCCGGGGCCGCUGCCGCAGUCUUCGCUUCCCUUUGUAUCAACGCUCUCAUACCCGAAUCCAAGAAACGGCAACCGGAGGCGUUCGCGAGCAUCUGCAUCGCCAAAUGGAAAACGACGAUGUGGUGGACACAAGUCACCACCUGCGCCGGGGAGAAGGGCAAAGCUGUCGCUCCCAGCGACGCCCACCACAGCGACCACCCCCAGUCUAGACGGCAACUUGGCUGCGGAUACACCCAGUGACUCGUUUGAGCCAACCGCGGUCCCUGCUGACGCGUCUGCGUUUACGACAGAGCUGCCUGCAGAGGCGCGUAUGAUUUUGGACGGGGUUGGUGCUGACGAUGUCUUGUGCCAGACGCUGGCCAGCCAAGAACUGUUCCACGGUCACGGCGACUUUGCCCAGCAAUGGAUGGAUCCGUCCGCCUUGUGCGACCCGUCGAGCCUGCCGCGAGGCCCUCAGAUGGGGGUGCUGGAUCCUGGGUUGGUGCCAAAUCUCUACGGGGCUGGCCCGACGGACCACAUGGCGUCCAAGUGUGCCAUGCCUACGCCCACUGACGAUGAGUCCUGGAGUGCAUUCAUCAACGAAAACAUUUGGACCACGGAUCAAAACCAGUAA